AUGACUGCACUAGACCUGCGUGUAGGAGUAAUAAAUGUACAACUACGUUUUAUUAGGAGUUCCCUAAUUCUGAGAUCUAUACUCAAAAAGUCAUACGAGCGACAAGUUUCCUUAAAUUCUGGAAAGCAGAACGCCGGACGCCAGAAGAAACCAAAGGCAACUAAAAAAAAUAUGAUGAAAGUUGUGAUCAUUUACCAAAUGAUUAGGUCUGUU